CAAUUGCAGUGACAUAACACCUGCGCUGAUGUUGCAAUUGCCUCUUCUGAUUGGCUAAUCACGUCCUUGUGUCGUCAUUAAAAACAUCUCGGCUGACUCCUUUGAGUCUAGUAGGAGGUGCGAUCUGACUUAGACGCAAUUGAAGAGCGAAGCCAGCGCGUAUAAAGGGCAAAAGGUUCACCCGAUAGUAAACAGUUUACGACAACCGUAACACGACAAAGAACCACAGUGACAAGAUCUCAUCAAAUAUGUGGAACUCACUGCUUUAUCUAAUCUCAGCAGUUUUACAGGUAAAGGGGACAACGCAAUCACAAUUAUUUCCCAGAUUUUGGAAUUCCAUACGAUUAAUCGUUAUUUCCUUCUAUUUUUUUGUAAUGUAGAUCUACACAGUGUCGAGCGUCAAGCCAGGUAUGUAGUUUUACUACAUUUUCUCUACUUUUAAAUCCAAAAUUACUACGCCGCAAUGGGAAUAUAUUCUGCGCGAAAUUUUACAGAUACGGCGCUCGCAAACUGUGCGGCUUUUGUCAAAGGACAGUACGGGCCAUCCCCAGGCAAAAAUGCAGUGCAGCUAUUAAACCUACGGAACAGAAUAGACAAUUUUCAAACUUAUUAAAACCUUGAUUACUUUGGAAUUGAUUUGUGCGAGAACUUAAAAGAUAAUUACUGCAUGUAACUACGUUCUGUCAAGAAAGGUUUUUUUGUUCAAAAACGUUGAAUAAUGUAUUUAGUUUCCUGUCGCAUAGCAGAUCAUUCCAUUUCCUAAUCUAAAAUUUAUAUGUUGACAUUCAAUUCGUGCGAACUAGCAACCAAUUUCGUGGGGUAAAAUGUGAAAAAUGAGAGGCAUUUGCAGUUUGCGUCAUUAUAGCAAGGCUUAAAUUUCGACCAAUAUAUUCCGAGAUCAUUAAUAGGCUUGAGAACUUCGGGUUAAAAGUGAAACAGUGAAGCACCAAACUUUACCGGAGGCCAAAUCUACGUCUAAAACAUUUAAGGUACUUUGUCUUGUUGUUUUUUUGUAAAAAUGAUUCACCGCAAAAAUAAAUAUGGCCGCAAUAAGCCGUUAAAACGCAAUGAUACUUGGUUAUAAUAUUGAGAAUGUUAUUAGAAACAGCAAACAAACUAAUAUAACAUAUUAAGGGUAGAUAUAGCGAUAACUAAGUGAGCCAAGCUACGCCUCAUCCCCCCAACUGCCUACAGCUAGUAUAAGGUUAUGAAUCUCGCAAGCCAUAUAGAUAAAUAUUCGCGCAUAUUCGGCAGAUCAAACCGCAAACGAUACCAAAAACACUCAAAAUGUCAUAUUGUAACAAAGUUACAAUUCUAUCAGUCGCUGUAUUGCCGUUCUAGGCCACGGCCUAAGCACUUUGGAAAAUUCCUAAAGCAUUUUGACCACAAUUGGAAUUUCUGAUUUAAAAUAAACUCAAUACGACACAGACAAAGUCACGAAAAGUUUUUUCAAGGUUAACGGCGGCAUUUUAGACUGAAAUGCAAUAUAAAAUCUCUUCAUAAUCAAUCAGUUGUGCAAUAGUUCGGUAUAUAUUAGACAUCCAUUUCAAAAGGUUAUUGUGCAACUAUCUUGCGUUGAUGUUGUAAGAAUGAUUCCGAAUUAUAAAAAAAGUUGCACGAAGGUUAACGCUGCUUCAUUUCUUAGUCAGGCGAAUUUAAAUUUAAGGAACCUAACAAUUUUUUAUUGUCUUCGCUUCUGUCUGUCAGUGUAUUAAUCUGUCUAACGCCAAACAAUUUCCUUGAAAAAUGUACUGUAUACUUUUCAUCGCUCAAGAAUUGUUCUUUAAAAGUUCAUACGCGUGUACAGGAGACAAUAAUGACAUGAAGAAUUUGCUUGACAAGUCUCUUAUUGAAACGGCUCUGCAUGUCUACGUGACAGGAGUGAAUACGUUCAGAACACAUCUCAACCAAGCACGAUUUUAUCUUAGGAAUUCACACGAGAACGAAACGGGACUAGGGAUUUUCGUGCGGCCAGGCGUACACACAUACAAAAUGUCCCUUGUUUGAACUGAGAACUUUGCAUGACAUGUCGGAAAACUUGGCAAUUUGUCAAGAGGCAAUAAAAUUUGUUGCAUGGUUUGUUAAUCCAAAGCAGUUCUUUCUGUCUACGUCAGAUGAUUUUACUCAUCUACGGGAUAAGUUUACAGACAGGUAUAAAAGAUGAAUAAUUUGCGGGUUUGCGUGUAUGAUUGAACGCCAUGAAAAAGCUCAAAAAAGAAGAGCAGAUGUCGACGUGUAUCGACCGAAGGCCUAGCCACAGUGUAUGUCUGGAAGUUGGCCAGCGAAUUAUAUUCAACAAUCAUUCCAGAAUUUAACAAACACGAUUUUAAUAUAAAACGAAUAUAUUUCUAUGGAUUACAAUUCUAAAAGUAUUACGGAACGGUUCCAAACGAUAAUGCUGUCAAAAUUUGGACAAGAAUUUUGCGCGCGUUCUACAGAAAACCGUUAAGCCUUGCAUGGCUACUUAAAUUAAGUCGAGAGGGAACGGAAGUCCUUCAGUUAAAAAAUAUAUUAUAUACUUCCGAUUUAUUAAGUGCCUUUGACAUGGUUGAACGUGCAUAUAAAACUAGACAGUUGCAUAACAACAUAUGAGGCAACACAGAUUGUCGUUUGUAGGUUGCACAAUACUCUGUCGAGGGGGUUUGAAGUUGUUAGUGUAUGUCACAUCUCGGUAGCUGGGAUUCUAUUCCAGUGGUAUGCUGUUGUCACCGUGUAGAAUUAAGGUUAUGCAGAUGGGAAUCUGGAGUACAUUUAUUGGACCUAUAAACCAUGAGAACAGUUGCGAAAAAUGUAUAAAAUUCACACUUGAAAUAUACAAAACCCUUCUACAAUUAAAUACAUGUAUAUCGAGUCCGAAAUCUUGUUGCCAAUUUACCUCAAUCCCAUGUACAAGAAGAGUGCUUUUAGUGACUUAAAUUCCGUACGUAUAUUCACUUUAAAAGGUCUCUUUGUCGUGUUCAGUAUUUACUAGCUUUGCAGUGCUGUUACAUAAGCCUAUUUCGGUUAUACAGUCAUUUUAAAGUACAUAUCAAUAGGGUUAGUUAUCAAGUCAACAAGAACAGGAAAUGGCUGUAACAGUGGAGUGGUCAGUGCUUUUCACUGAGUCGUUAACUGGAAUUCAUUUCCUUCAAUAUACACUUCAGUAUCUUGUUUUAAUUUGUCCUGUGAGAAAAGCAGGAGUGACGCCAGACGAAGGGGGAGGGGGUUAUAGGUCGUCCCAUUGGGAAAAGCAUGUCCCCCAACUCCCCUCCUUACUGGGGCUCUAGGAAGAACACUUUAGAACUGAUAGUGCCAUCCAGUAUAAAUAAAGUUAGUCUAGUUUAGGUUUCCUCCUGUAGUAAUACGGAGUCAAGAUAUGAUCCUUUACUGGACCUCUCUAUAGGGAGAAUAGCUUAAAUAGAGAAGAUUUUUGAAUCAAAUUGAUGUGCUUGAAAGAGAUUUAUACUGUCAUACAUUUUGAUCAAAGAAAUUUCGAUAGUGCAAAUAUAUAUAACAUAUUUUGGGUCAAAAAUAGCUCGACAAUUAAUGUCUAUUUAUCAAGUCUAUCUAGAAUAUAGGUUAAACCCAAGGUUAAUGAGCUUAAUUGCGCGGUACCGUAUAAUGUGAACUGGUAUAGGGUCUGGCUAGAAUAAAUAUAGGUCAAUAUCAAUUAAUAACCAGACAGACAGAUGUUUAACAACCAGCUGCCUAGCAGAGGCGAAAAAACUAGAAAAAAUGCCCGAAAAGAAACACAGUUUUCAUUUGAAUUCGCCCACUAACUGGUGACUUGCAUUGGCUAUAUUCGAUGUUUCCUAAAGGUGGGCAAACCAGGAAACUUUGUUUCCUAGCCAUGUUUCCUGAAGGUGGACAAACCAGGAAACAUUGUUUCCUAGCCAUGUUUCCUGAAGGUGGACAAACCAGGAAACAUUGUUUCCUAGCCAUGUUUCCUGAAGGUGGACAAACCAGGAAACAUUGUUUCCUAGCCAUGUUUCCUGAAGGUGGGCAAACCAGGAAACAUUGUUUCCUAGCCAUGUUUCCUGAAGGUGGACAAACCAGGAAAGAUUGUUUCCUAGCCAUGUUUCCUGAAAGUGGACAAACCAGGAAAGAUUGUUUCCUAGCCAUGUUUCCUGAAGGUGGACAAACCAGGAAACAUUGUUUCCUAGCCAUGUUUCCUGAAGGUGGACAAACCAGGAAACAUUGUUUCCUAGCCAUGUUUCCUGAAGGUGGGCAAACCAGGAAACAUUGUUUCCUAGCCAUGUUUCCCGAGGGUGGGCAAACCAGGAAACAUUGUUUCCUAGCCAUGUUUCCUGAAGGUGGGCAAACCAGGAAACAUUAUCGAGCUUAAUACUAUAUGAAUACACAGACGUAACUUAAAACAAAUUCACAGUGUUAGCAACACGGGUAAUUCACAGUGUUAGCAACACGGGUACAAACAAUAAAUUAUUUUUGUCAACAAAAACGGACACAAGUGAAACACAAAUUGAAACUGUUAACAAAUUUAAAAGCGAAACAUAAUAAUUCUUCUUCGUCACGCCCGCGUAGUGGAUUUAAAGCGCCAUCUUCCUACGUCCUAAUUUGAAGCGAAAAUUUUUCAUUGCGUGUGUCAGUGGAAUUACUGCGGUUUAAUUGAACUGGUUAAUAAAUUUUCAAUUAAUAACCGUUGAAACCAGCGAGCAGCUGCAUCAUGAAAUUAAUUGAACGCGAUAGUUAUUCAUUAAUAAAUGUCUGAUGAAAGACUUCAUGGCAAUCAUGUAUGUACCUGCCCCUUAAACAUUUCUAAAUUAAUGAUUUCAUAACCGAUGUAACUAUGCAGGUCCAUGCUUAACUCAACAGCGAGUUCUGUACAACAUCAGAUCACUUCAGGACAGCCCACAUUCAAGAACAUCGACUACCUCUGUGUGAUCUAUAUAAACCAUGCUUAACUAAGCAGUGAAUUCUGUACAACAUCAGAUCACUUUAAGGUGAUCCACAUUCAAGAACAUGUACUACUUUUGCAUAAUGCACAAGUUGUUACAGGUCCGCAAACAAGUUGUUCCAAAUCUGUUCCCAAGCUGUUGUGUUCGCACUGCUUGUUCCCAGUUGUUGUAACAUGUUUGAAACAAGCUGUUAACAACUUAUAACAAGCUUGACGCAUCAUCAGACUUGUUACAAGGUUGUUCUAGCAAAUCUGAUACAGUCAUGAUAUAACAAGAAUGUUACAAGGUUGACGACACAAGGUUGUAACAAUAUUGUUAUAUCAUGACUGUAUCGGACUUAUUGGAACAACCUUGUAACAAAUCUGACAAUAUAAAAAAGAUUGUUAUAAGCAGUGCCAACACAACUUGUUGACAGACUUGCUACACGAUGUGUUUAUGUGUGUAGCUCACAUUCAAGAACAUGUACUACAUCUUCAAAAGUCACCAUGAGUUAACUCUAUUCACAUAGUUUCUGACUUUGUACAACAAAGAAGGAGAAUUUACAACAUUUUCUUUGAUUCCAAACAGGACGGCCGAAAAGUGUAUGUGAAAAAUGGCGGUUCGAGAGUUUCAGAAGUCCAUUCGCUUCAACUUACAUCCCUACAUGCAGAGAAAACGGAUCAUUCUCAAAAGAACAAUGUCACUUUGAAGUGACGAAAAUACGGUGUUGGGAAGUUGACAAAUAUGGAAAACCAACAGGAAAGAAAAGACCAGAUAUAAUAUUGCCACCGCGAGAUCGGUACAAUACAGAACAAGAUUCAACAAGGACCCUACAGCCGAUUACAAAUGAUGCGAGUGCUAGGAUGUUUGGCUAUACAAGGAAGGGUAGCACGACUGAGAAUGAAAUUGUUGAAAAAACCCAGAAGACUACGAAAACUCGACAGCCAAUCAGUAAGGUUUUGCUAAAAUAGGUCGCAGUUUCCUUACGCACGUAAAACGCACAAGUUGUUACAAGUCUGCAAACAAGUUGUUACAAAUCUGUUCACAAGCUGUCGACAAGUUGUGUUCGCACUGCUUGUUCCCAGCUGUUGUAACAAGUUUGGAACAAGCUGUUAACAACUCGUAGCAAGCUUGAUGGCACUAUCAGACUUGUUAUAAGUCAGAUACAGUCAUGAAAUAACAAGAAUGUUACAAGGUUGACGACACAAGGUUGUAACAAUGUUUCUACAUCAUGAUUGUAUUGGACUUGUUGGAACAACCUUGUAACAAGCCUGAUAAUGCCAGCCAUCAAGCUUGUUACAAGAUCAAUAUACUAUUAGCCGGCAUUAUCAUGUCAGCAAAAUAUGCAAUGCGGUUGGCUAAUUCACUCAUGAAUUAUUAAUGAGUUUGAGAUUAAUAAAGGAAGGCCCUUACUGGACCUCUAAGGAGUUCAGUUCUCGCUCCAUUGCUAAGUACAAUUCAGCUUAGCUCAGCUACAUUCUAACUCCUGUCUUCUAUUUUCUAUAGCCACCAAACCUUUGACAAAAUGUGAAAGAUUGAAAAAGCGUAGAUUGCAGAUGCACACGCGUCAAGCUACAGUGAUCCCAGCAUGCACCAGUGAUGGGCACUUCAAGCGCGAACAAUGUAAUGUGCACAAGACCAGAUGUUGGUGUGUUGGCAAAACUGGAAAAAGAAUUCCGGGAACAAAAGUCCGUCAUCAAUCCCCAAAUUGCUAUCCAGGUAUUAUUUUUAAUAUUAAUCUAGGGCCGAGGAUUGAACCCUGCGAGACUCCAUACAUCAGAUUUGGUGAAGGAAAUUUACAGAUUUUUUAAAAAUGAGACCCUUGGGAAUGUAGGGAAAACAGUUUAGAACUAUAAAUAAGCUCAAAUGGCCUUCGCUCGAAACGUGAAAUUCUCCUUAUAUAUUUUCAGGUAAUUGCAUCCCUUCCAACGAAAGCUUGUUCAUUAGUUUAGUUUAGGUUUCCUUCUGUAGUAACACUGGAUCAAUAAGAGAUGAUCCUUACUCGACCUCUAGAGAGAACAGUUUAGAACUGAUAGAGCUAUCCAGUGUAAAUAAAGUUAGUUUAGUUUAGGUUUCCUUCUGUAGUAACACUGGAUCAAUAAGAGAUGAUCCUUACUGGACCUCUAGGAAGAACAGUUUAGAACUGAUAGAGCUAUCCAGUAUAAAUAAAGUUAGUUUAGUUUAGGUUUCCUCCUGUAGUAACACUGGAUCAAUAAGAGAUGAUCCUUACUGGACCUUUAGGAAGAACAGUUUAAAACUGAUAGAGCUAUCCAGUAUAAAUAAAGUUAGUUUAGUUUAGGUUUCCUUCUGUAGUAACACUGGUCAAUAAGAGAUGAUUCUUACUGGACCUCUAAGAAGAACAGUUUAGAACUGAUAGAGUUAUCCAGUAUAAAUAAAGUUAGUUUAGUUUAAGUUUCCUUCUGUAGUAACACUGGUCAAUAAGAGAUGAUUCUUACUGGACCUCUAGGAAGAACAGUUUAGAACUGAUAGAUCUAUCCAGUAUAAAGAAAGAUAGUUUAGUUUAGGUUUCCUCCUGUAGUAACACUGGAUCAAUAAGAGAUGAUCCUUACUGGACCUCUAGGGAGAACAGUUUAGAACUGAUAGAGCUAUCCAGUAUAAAUAAAGUUAGUUUAGUUUAGGUUUCCUCCUGUAGUAACACUGGAGCAAUAAGAGAUGAUCCUUACUGGACCUCUAGGAAGAACAGUUUAGAACUGAUAGAGCUAUCCAGUAUAAAUAAAGUUAGUUUAGUUUAUGUUUCCUCCUGUAGUAACACUGGAUCAAUAAGAGAUGAUCCUUACUGGACCUCUAGGGAGAACAGUUUAGAACUGAUAGAGCUAUCCAGUAUAAAUAAACUUAGUUUAGUUUAGGUUUCCUACUGUAGUAACACUGGAUUAAUAAGAGAUGAUCCUUACUGGACCUCUAGGAAGAACAGUUUAAAACUGAUAGAGCUAUCCAGUAUAAAUAAAGUUAGUUUAGUUUAGGUUUCCUUCUGUAGUAACACUGGAGCAAUAAGAGAUGAUCCUUACUCGACCUCUAGGAAGAACAGUUUAGAACUGAUAGAGCUAUCCAGUGUAAAUAAAGUUAGUUUAGUUUAGGUUUCCUUCUGUAGUAACACUGGAGCAAUAAGAGAUGAUCCUUACUGGACCUCUAGAGAGAACAGUUUAGAGCUGAUAGAGCUAUCCAGUGUAAAUAAAGUUAGUUUAGUUUAGGUUUCCUUCUGUAGUAACACUGGAGCAAUAAGAGAUGAUCCUUACUGGACCUCUAGAGAGAACAGUUUAGAGCUGAUAGAGCUAUCCAGUGUAAAUAAAGUUAGUUUAGUUUAGGUUUCCUACUGUACUAACACUGGAGCAAUAAGAGAUGAUCCUUACUGGACCUUUAGGAGGAACAGUUCAGAACUGAUAGAGCUAUCCAGUAUAAAUAAAGUUAAUUUAGUUUAGGUUUCCUUCUGUAGUAACACUAGAUGAAUAAGAGAUGAUCCUUACUGGACCUCUAGGGAGAACAGUUUAGAACUGAUAGAGAUAUCCAGUAUAAAAUUAGUUUAAUUUUAACUUCCUUGACAAAGUAUCUGCGCAAAACUAAAAUACAUAUUCAUCCCGAUGUUUAGGUGAGUGUGGUAAGCGGUUUGAAAAGCUUCCAUCCAGACACCGUCGUGUUGUAGGCGGGCGGGAAUCAGAUCCUCACACAUGGCCCUGGCAAGCUUUGGUCUUGUUCAGCGAUCCUAAACAUAUCUGUGGAGCAACACUUGUCAGACGAAACUGGCUUGUUACUGCUGCCAGUUGCUUCGGUAAGAGAUAUCUCUUUUUAAUCAGGAAUAUAAUGAUACUGUCCAUACCAACAAUCACAUGUGGCGGUACUUUAAAUUUUGCACCACUGAAGGGUUCAGUUAUUAUUUGAACAAGCAAAAUAUUAAAUAUUUCAUGCUCUCUCCCUUUGUUCAGAUGAUUUUCCAAAGAGAAAGUCUGAAUGGAAUGUGAAACUUGGCGUGCAUGAAAUGAACUCAAGUGAUGAAGAUAAACUGAGCGUCCAGGCAAUACAUAUCCAUCCAGAUUACAAACCAGGAAACAAAACACACCCAGGAGAUUACGAUGUUGGUAAGUCAUAACCUUAUGCCAAGAAAGAACAGUUUAGAACUGAUAGAGCUAAGCAGUAUAAACAAAGUUAGUUUAGUUUAGGUUUCCUCCUGUAGUAACACUGAAUCAAUAAGAGAUGACCCUUACUGGACCAAUAGGGAGAACAAUUUAGAACUGAUAAAGCUAUCCAGUACAAAUAAUGUUAGUUUAAACAGUUUAAAACUGAUAGAACUAUCCAAAAACGAGCUUAGUUUAGUUUAUAAAUUGAGGCUUUCAAAGUUCACUCUAAAUUCUAAAUAUAUAUGCGCACAGAAAAUCUGAAAUCUGCCCCACAUGCAUCAAUCAAUGUUUUGUAUCUUGCAGCUUUAAUCCAAGUCUCAAGUUCUGCCAGAAUUCCUCGCAACAUAAUGCCACUAUGUCUGCCUGACAAUAUUGAUUUCUACAAGCAAGGCAUACGAUGCUCAAUCACCGGGUGGGGACAUACUUCGUAUAAUGGGUCACUUUCAAGAGUACUGAGAGAAGCCUGGGUCGACUUGGUACCGCUCAACGAAUGCAACUCGGAAAAGUAAGCUGAUAUAUUAAAUAUAUUAUUGGGGCUAGGGAAAUGGGGAUGUGAACAGAGUCAUUCAACGCUCUACUAACUUUAUUUACACUGGAUAGUUCUAUCAGUUCUAAACCGUUCUCCGUAGAGGACCAGUAAGGAUCAUUUCUUAUUGAUCCAGUGCUACUACAAGAGGGAACCUAAACUAAACUAACUUUAUUUAUACUGGAUAGCUCUAUCAGUUCUAAAAUGUUCUUCCUAAAGGUCGAGUAACAAUCAUCUCUCAUUGAUCCAGUGUUACUACAGGAGGAAACCGAAACUAAACUAAUUUUAUUUAUGCUGCAUAGUUCUACUGUAAACUGUUCUCCCUAAAGGUCGAGUAUUUUAUUGAGUCGUGGUAUAAUUUCCCCUAGGUCCUACAAUGGAGCGAUCAAUGAUAGAUUUAUGUGCGCGGGUUACAAAGAGGGCGGCAUGGACGCAUGUCAUUUUGAUACUGGAGGACCGCUGGCUUGCCCUAUCGCUGGCGGCGUUUGGGCGUUGGCUGGCAUCGUCAGUUGGAGACAGUCAUGCGCACAACCGUUCAAAUAUGGCGUGUACACAAACGUCCACGUGGUGAAACCAUGGAUUGAACAAAUUAUCAAGCGAUGAACCCCUAUCACCCUUCACCACCUCGCACUAUGCCGCACGCGUGUACGUCACGCACAAGCGUGGGGCAUGCCACGCACACGAAGGACACGAAUUAAGCACUGAGUGCUUUGGUCAAAGUUAAUAUAUAAAUAACGUUGCGUGUUUUUAUCGCACGAUAAAUAAUGGGGACAGCACGUGUUUCUUGGCACAUUGGGUGGGUUAGGGGCAUCGUAUUAUCUUGCUAUAACAGCCUCUGAAUAUAUCAAUACCUCAUAUAAAUACAAGCAUGGUUAUUUCAAGCCAAUUCAUAGUUUCGAAAGCGUGUUUGUUCCCAGUUGUUGUGACAAGUCUGGAACAAAUUGACGUUAUCACAUUGUUACAAGGUUGAUGACGAUAACAGACUUGCUACAAGUUGUUCCUACAAGAGUAACAGAGGCUGUCCGUAACAAGUUGCUACGAGUUUGUUGUCAUCAACUUGUUCACAACUUGUUACGUGCGGACGAUAUCAGACUUGUUGGAACAACUUGUUACGACCCUGUUGGCCUCAUCAACCUUGUUACAAGGUGAUACCAAUGUUGUUCCAGACUUGUCAACAACUGGGAACAAGCAGUGUGAACACGUGUUGUUGACAAGGUGUGAGAUUUUGACGCGUGUAGAACGUGUCAUUUGGACACGCAGUCAAUACAACGAAUAAAUAGCUCAUUGACUAUGAUGAAACAAUCUUAUUUUCGCGCUCUAAAAAGCUUCUAAAGUUCUACGGUUCUUCAAGUAUUUGACCACAACACAUCACUCAUCUUACAGUGCGGGCAACGUAGAUCAUGUUCAUUCCACCAUUCACUAGAAUUGCAACAAAUAUGUUAUAUCUAAUACCAAUCAGAUUUAAUUGUAUAUUAAUUAGCACAUACGUUUGUACAUGUGACUUGCAUAAUUGUAAUUAUAAUACGUUAAAUUAAGAUAUAAUUAAUUAACUAUAUAUCUAGCUAAUAUUAGUGACACGUAAAUUUUAAAUAUCGUUGUUACUACAUUGUCUUUAAAAUUGCACUUGUAAAUUGCUAACUGUCACAGUACAGAGCUAGAACUAUUAAUAUGCAGUAUCAAAGCUAGCAUUAUGCUAUGUAAUGUAUACUUUUAUCUAAUUCUGAAGUCUGAAUCGGUAUUUUCACAGCGCAAAUACUAAAAUAAAUAGAGUUCCUCUGUAGCAUAGCCGGCAGUAUUAUAUAUAUUGCAUAUAAUAAAACCAAGAAACGAAAGCAAAAUUGAUUGAAUAUUUCAAAACAAUGCUGCAUUGAAAUGUACUAGUUUGCGUUAAAUGUCUAUUUAUAUGUAGUUAUUUAUGUAGAGAAAUAAACACAAUAUUUAAUGGAAUUUUUUUUGUGAUAUUCUUGCAAAGCAUCUGCUCUUGAAUGGGUGUGAAGCAUUGCCUUGUAUGUGCACAAGAAAGGGAGUGGCAAAGAUAUUCAAAGCGCGUGAGAGCAUUCUAGAGUUUAUUACAUGAUAUAGAGCGUCGAUUGUUCAAGAGCAUUGCGAAUACUUUGACAUAUUUAGUGAAAAGUACAAGAGGCUACAGCUGUGGUCUUAUCAUCAUUAUUCGCUCUUGAAAAAGUUGUUCAAGGUCGCGUUUCAAGCACUGAAUAUGAGGACCUAUUAGGACCGAAGUUUAUAUUAUCUUCCGAAGCCAAAAUCGCAUGCAGACUUUAUCAGAUUAUGCAACACAAAAGUUAAAACUGCUAGUCAAACGAAGACCAGAGUUGAUGAAAGUUGACAAACGAGAGUAUGAAACGAAGAAAAUAUAAAAGACUGAUGUUUAAUGAACUCUGGAAUACUCUUAUGCGCUUUGAAUAACUUUUAUCUUUUAUAUUUUCUCUUAUGAAUAAGAAUUGUAUGAAAGUUUAUGAGAGUUGAGAAGCGAGAGUUUACAUGAGAGUUUUCACAACUCUCAUGCCCCGGUCAAACGAGAACAAGAAUUCCAUGAGAGUUGAGAAGCGAGAGUUUUCAUGAGAGUUUUCUCAACUCUAGAUCUCAUGCCUCGGUCAAACGAGAACAAGAGUUGCACGUGAGUUGAUGAGAGUAGACUGGAUAUUGCCACACGCGUAGCGAAAACUCUCAUCAAUUACUCUCAUCAAAAUUUGAACCAGUUCAAAGUCAGUGAGAGUCUAUGGCCUGUUUUAUACGUCGAAUUUCGGUCGCGUCGAAUGCAACUGAAACGAUAGAUAAUGAAGGAAACAAUAAAUAAUGAAGCUUAAUGAGGUUUAUCAUCUCAUUAUCUAUUGUCUUAAUUGCAUUCGACGCGACCAAAAUUCGACGUAUAAAACGCGAGCAAGAGUUGCAUUUCUCAUUCGCGUUUGACGGAGGUUUAUUCAGUCAAAUUCAGCCGGGUGCUGACCAGCCAAACUGCGGUUUAUUCAAUUUAAGAAUUCAAAACUUAGGCCUGUUUCAAACGUCGCGCUUUCUCAUGUGCCGAACGCAUUAAAAGCAAUAGAUAAUCAGCUGAAAUGCCUCAUUAUCUAUUAUUUCUAAUGCGUUCGGCACAUAUGAGAAGCGCGGGGUUUGAAACAGGCCUUAUUCCACUGACCUUGUGAAGGCAUUGCAAAGCUAUAUUCCAUUCUAGAAGUAUUCUUCAUUGCUAUCAUUGUCCAACUACUUGCGAAAUUUCAUUUCUUAUUAGUUCAAAUUGCUCGCUAUCUAGGGCAGCACUUUUAAGCUUGUCACAUACAUCUUCCUCUGUCAUAUUCUCGUACCAUGAACGCUCU